CCAAGGUUAUCCGCAGGUUUAAAUAUUUUUCGCAUUUACACCUAUCGGAUCUUAUCCAUAAACUCGUGGUUGUAUGAUGUCAGAAGGCUAUAUCUUGGCUGCCCUUGAAUUUCUUAUACAGUAUGGUGGAACACAAAGCAUUAAAAACUUGUGGGUACUUAUGUGCAACAAAUUUAAUCAAACUUCUGAUUUUAAAUUUGGAGUUGGGAAAAGUCACCAUACUUUCGAAAGAUUUUUAUUGUCUAACCCGACAAUCUUUAACGUCGUUGAUAACCUAGUUUGUCUUACUGAUAUAAGCAGCCCUAUGAGUAAUGAAAAGGACUAUUCAUUACAGUAUAAUAAUCGUUUCAAUAAUAUCACCUCUAAAAACCCAAAGAAUAUCAGAAAUAAACACACUAUAGAGUCAGAGGCCUCUGCCGUUCGAUAUUUUCAAGAGCAGCUACUGAGAAAACCAGAAAGAUGGGUUCCGAUAAGGAAUUUGGCCGGACACUUGUCACAAGCAUCUCCACAUAUUCGACUAAGUGUUGGACCUCAAUCCGAAUUCACUGAUUUUCUGAUGCGUCAUUCACUCAUCUUUGAAGUUCAGGGUGAUCUUGUUGCAUUAAGAAACAGAACCAAGACAGUUCCCAGCACAGCACCACCAUCUCUUAGCAAAAAGAAAGGAUUGCGUCCUCUCUCUUCACAUUUUCCUGACGAUAUACAUCGUACAUCUGUCUUCUGUUCCAACACAGACAAUAAUUAUUCUAGUCUUCAUCCAACUAAUCACGAGGAAUCGGCACCCAAAAUGCAAAGUGGGGAUAAUAUUGUUGUGUGUUUAGACGACUGUAAAGCUAUAUUUUGGCUUAUGUACGUCAUAAAACAUAACUUAAAGAAUGAAAUCAUGAUUUCAAGAUUACUUGCAGAGCUUUCAUGUGCUCCUGAUUUAGUCAGAAAUUGUAUUGGCUGGACUCAGAUUGAACUAUUGGAGUUUCUCAAAAAAUAUAAUGGAAUAUUCUCUGUUAAUGAGCUAACAAGUGUCGUUGAAGUACACUUCACAAACAAACUUAAUCUUUUUAUUGCCUCUAGGCAUGUGAAUGAUUCUUCUUGUGGCCUUAUAACCUCCCAGAAGGGUUGCAUCUUUUGUGUAAACAGACUAUGGGGAAUAAUUGACCUUGGAUUCCACGAGCAUGUAUUCUUUGAUAGAUCGCUAUUUAAGAAUGUUACGGACCUUACUAAACAUUUCAAGAUUAAAGAAAUAGUUUAUUUCAAUGCAAUUUUAGCACCGAAAAAUUCACGAGCAAAAUGGCGUGCUACAUGUGUUUGGAAAGAAACAGAUCAAAUUAUUAAUCAAUUAGCUAAAAUGAAUCAUUCCACUGAAAGUGACAACAAUACCACCAUUCUAAAUCAAUUGAAUGAUGAUCCAGAUUCCGGUUUAGAUAAUUCCGAUGAAUUAAUCAUUGUCGAACAGAAAAAUCAUAAAUUCACUGAUAAUCCAAUGAAUAAAUCCGAUCAAUCAAUCAAAUCAUUAUUUGAUGAAGAUAAUAUGUCAACAGAGUAUGAAUUUGUUGUGAAGCAAUUUGCUAAUGUACGUAUGAUCAAUGUUUGGGAGAUUGAACAAUUUACAAGUCAAGUAAAGUGUACAAAUUCAAAUGUGCUCAACAAUAGUACUACUAAUAAUAAUGUUGUCAAUAAUACUAGUAAUAAUAAUAAUAAUCAUACUAAUGAAUAUAAUCAUACCAGAGAUCAUCAUCCUCCUCGUCACGCUUUAUUAUCACAAUAUAAUCCAGUGGAUGCUGAACGUAGUUUAUCAGUCAGUAAUGAAUCAUUGUCUGAUUUGAAUACUUUAUCUGAAAUACCUAGCAUUAUGUCCGGUAUUCAACUGGAACCAUUAGCAUCAGCAACCACAACAACAACAUCAACAACAAAUACAGCGUCUUUCAAUUAUGCCGAAAAUGAAAUUGAUCCUAAUGUCCAUUUGAAUCGAUUGCAUAAACCAGGUUGUCCAUGUCAAUGUCUACUAUCGUCUACAUUUAGUACACAGAAAAAAUCCACUCACAAUGUCACUACACAAACAUUAUUUACAGGUGAAAUUAAAGGAAAAUUAUUUUAUCAUGAAACAACACAAGAUGGUCAGCAUCAUCAUCAUCAUCAACAGAAUCAUUGUUAGUCUAUUGAAUUCGAAUUUGUUUUAAUGUGUGUGUGCGUGUGUGCGCGCGCGCGCGCGUUUUUUCAAAAUUAUUUCUUUCCCUUUUCUAAAUUGAUAAUUUCUCUCUACACUAAUGACCAGUUUGUGUUUCGGAUUCAGUUUUGUUCAAUAUUCAACAACAUACAGUUGAGUUUAUAUAUAUAUAUAUAUUUGUUUGAAUUAGUCAUUAGUUUGCUAUAGAAUUUGUG